CACUGAGAGAGUGAGUGGAGGACUGGAAGAAAAAAAAAAACUCCGUAAAGAAAGAGAGGCUCCUCACUCCGACGGUACUUUCUGUCAAACAAGUAUCGAAGCUCUGCGGCGGAGGGAUGUCACACAGCGGCCGGGACGCGGAGGUGGAGACGGAGUGAACCGGAGAGUUAGAACUUGUUGGAGGAAGAAGAGAAAGAGAGAAAGAGAGAGAGAAGGUUUUCACUCGAGUCGGGACGGUAGCUUCGUGUUUCCGCUGCAACUUGAGAGCAGGGUUCCACGCUACUGGUGCUACUGGUGGUGGUGGUGACUGGACGAGAGGCGACAGAGGACCCGCAACGUGAGGUCUGUUCCCCGCUGUGGAAAGUUCUCGAGUCCGGAGGAAGGAGCGACAGACACGGACCGAGAGGGACCGAGACGGACCGAGAGGGACCGAGAGGGAGCACUGGUUCCCGGACUCCGCCGCCGAGGCAGCUCGGUCAGAAAAGUUUCCCCUCAACUAGUUCCCCCUCGUCGGGAACUCGCGGCGGAGGAAGAAGAAGAGGCCGAGAGACUCGACUUCGGGCGGAAUCCACCCGGGUCCGGGGAACUUUAGCCUCCGUCCUGCUAAGUGAGCUAAAGCAUGAAAACACCCGGAGACUCCGGGAUCGCCUUCCCAGAAUGGGCCUACAAGCCCGAGUCGAGCCCUGGGUCCCGACAGAUCCAGCUGUGGCACUUCAUCCUGGAGCUGCUCCGAAAGGAGGAGUAUCACGAUGUCAUCGCCUGGCAGGGGGACUACGGCGAGUUUGUCAUCAAGGACCCGGAUGAGGUGGCCCGACUGUGGGGCGCCAGGAAGUGCAAACCCCAAAUGAACUACGAUAAACUGAGCAGGGCUCUGAGAUACUACUACAACAAGAGAAUUCUUCAUAAGACUAAAGGCAAGAGGUUCACCUACAAGUUCAACUUCAACAAGCUGGUUUUAGUCAACUACCCCUUCAUCGACAUGGGCUCCACUGGAAGCAAUGUUCCUCAGAGUGCCCCUCCUGUCCCCACCGGUGCAGGAAGCCACUUCCGCUUUCCUCCUUCAACACCUUCUGAUGUCCUCUCCCCCAACGAGGACCUGCGUAGCCCCGGUGGCAUGUUCAGCUCUGUGGCCCGACGCAUGGCUCGAGGCUCCGUCAGCGACUGCAGCGACGGCACCUCGGUCAACUCUGAGAUUGAGGACGGCAACACAGGAGCGGGUGAGGAGAGAGGGGAGAGGGUAGUGAGCGGAGGAGGAGGAGGACCUGGUGUAGGAAUAGGCUACCGGAGUAUGAUCCAUCCUCGUCUGUCUCAUGAGACCCUCUUCCGGAUGUACGGAGGAGGCAACCCGGCCGGACACCCAGGCUCCCGGGGCCACACCGGGCACCGUAUGCACCAGGAGCCCCAUUCCCCCUUCCCUGUGUCCCCUCUGCCAGGGCCGGGAGGGUCCGGCCUCCUGGCCCCUCCUCUGUCCCCUGCCCUCUCCAUGACCCCCACAUCUCACCUGCCCUACACCCCUUCACCCACCUUGUCCCCCAUGUUAGGCUCCCACUUCUCCUUCAAUCCAGACGACAUGAAGCGCUACCUGCAGGCCCACACCCAGUCGGUGUACAACUACGGCCUCAGCCCGAGAGCUUUCCUCCAGUACCCCAACAUCAUCAUCCCGCACCCCCACCGACCCACCGCCGACAAGUCCGGUCUGAGUGGAGAGAGAGGAGCGGCAGAGAGAGCAGAAAGAGCAGCGACAGCAGGCGGAGGAGAGAGGGGAGGAGAGCGGCACCACCAUCCGUCUCUGGGUCACUCCACCCACCACCACCAACACCCUCACUCUGCUCACCCUCACCCUCACCCCCAUUCCCAUCCCAUGCAUCACCCGCUCCAUCUGGGUGAGGAGCCUCAACACAUGUCUCCCUUCAAGUUCAAGCUGCAGCCACCGCCACUGGGCAGGAAGCAGAAGGAAACUCCAAUCCACAGCAAACACAGGCAGAGCUCGCUGUCCUCAGGAUCCGGGUCCAUGACGUCAUCGGGUCUGGGCUCAUCACUGUCGUUCGGCAGUGACAUGAGCUCAGCCAGCGGCUCAGGCCUCAUCUCUGCCUCCUCUUCAACACAGUCUCUAAACAGCGCCGGACUUCCCAAGAUUAAGGUGGAGCCAAUCUCUGACAUAGAGUCUGAGGAAGAGGUGGAGGUGACCGACAUCAGUGAUGAGGACCCAGAUGAAAGAGAUGAAGAGUUCUUCUCCUCUCGCCACUUAAGAGCCUCUGACCACCGCAUCCACCACCACCUUGCUAACGGCACAGCCGCAGCCCAUCAUCAUCACCACCAUGAUGAGGACCUGGACGAGGAUGUCUUCAAAGCCCCGGCUCCGCCUCCACCUGGCCUGAUGCCCUUCUUCACCUCGCAGCACGCACACUCCGCACAUCGUGUGGUGCCCACCCUCAAGACGGAGCCCAUCGAGCCAGUGGAGAGCAGCACGCCUCCCCCUCCGAUCAGCCCGUCUCCCCAGACCAAGUGCAUCCCCCUGAAGCUGCGCUUCAAAAGGCGCUGGAGCGAAGACCAGCGUAUGGAGGCCUCACAGGAGGAGUCGGACGAUAAGAAAGUACGAGCAGAGGAGGAGAGGGAAAGAGAGAGGCAAAGUAAUGGACGGAUGGAGAUGGAAGAGGACAGGACAGGGAGCGGAGAAGGGGACAGUCCUCCCCCACUGGCCUACGAGGGCUCUUUAGCCACGCCGCUGGCCUCACACAGGAGGGUGAGUGCAGAGCUGCAUCGUGCCACUGCACAGCUGUCGCUGGAGAACAAAGACUGCUGAUGAGAAUCCCAGCGUUAACACUACUGUCCCAGUAGCACAGGAGUAUGUAAAUGGUUCCUCUGUAAUCCCUCUCCCAUACUGACAAACUAGAAUCCUGAGCAGAGUUUGACCGACACAUACAUUCAAAACCAGCUCCUCAAAGACCCGGCAGCAACGUCCUGUCUGCAUCACGACUCCUCUGGGACCGAUCCUGUGGGAGGAGGGAGGAGCUCCCACUCCAUCCCAGGCACGGUGACUGUACCAGGGCUGAAAUCAGACGGCUGCUGCCUCGUGAUACCUGGCCUCUAGUUCACCUCCCACCUGGCCAGUGAAGCUCCAGACGCCCUGUCCCAGUAGCACGGCUCCUGCCUUCAGACCCCGACCAGUAGGACCAGCAGCCAGUCAAGACUUCACUCAGGACACACACACACACACACACACACACACACACACACUCCCUUACAGCCCAGCAACACAAACUCACACACACUCCUCCCAUCAAACUGUUCCUUCAAGACAACAGGACUCUGACAAGUGCCUGUAUCUAAAACCCACCGCCCUGGAUUGGAGCAAAGAUGGGAGAGUGUGGCGGAGGAGUCUUUGAGUCUGUCCGAUCACAAGGACAAAAAGGAAAAGUGUGUGUGCAGGUGAACGACUGAAGAGCAGAGCUGUUGGUGUUGUCUGACUGACUCUUAAACCUGACCCACUCCACUCAGGGAAGCCUAUUGAUGUAUGUUUAUUUGAUUCAUGCACACACUCGAAAAGAUAAAACAAAAAGCAAAAAAAAAACAGCCAACGGUGAAUGGGACUUGGGGACUAUGGACACACAACGGUGUUCCCAUCAACGCAAGACCAUAAGAACUCACAGACACACACAGACACACACUCUGAAUCUCUGGCACACUGCUCCCUCAGAGAUUAUGACUUUUGUACAACCUUCUUUCUGUCUCUCUCCCGUCCUGCCCCUCUUUCUCUCGCGGACCACCUGCGGAAACAUCACGACUCCACUCACAGAAAAUGACAGACGAUGGAAAAGGAGG